AUGCUCGUCUUUGACACUGUGCUGGGCCAAAGUCCCGAGUGGCUCUACAACGCCGAGGGACAGCAGAGUUUUAUUGCCUUCCCUCUCAAUACCGCGCUUCUCAUGGCCACCAACGUUGGCAUCUCACUCUUUCUGCGGUCAGAUGUCAACCGAUAUCUAUGGGACAUGCUCAACGCCUACGGGGAGUUCUCAACGACGUCUCUGUCAGCCAGCGUCCUCAAUACGAGUUCCAGCGGCUGGCUGAACGAGAUUGCCCUUAGGGCCAUCGUCAAAGUUGCCGAGCCACAGUCAACAAAUAAGUUGACGUUUGACGACAUAUUCGCAUGCGACCCAUCCAAGCCGGCCUAUGGGUACGGCUCGUACGGCGCUUUCAUGACGCGAUCUUUUGUCGAUGGGGUCCGCUCGGUCGGCAGCGACGACGACCCCAACAACAACAGCAGGAUCAAUGGAAGCGAUCGAGCUGUAGGCUCGAUGGGUUGGUGA